AUGAACACGAUAGCGAAACGAGUUACGGGGUUAGUGACUCGGGCGAGUCAGUACCAGUUGCAGCAGGAGCGAGGGAUUAGAGUGAAGGUGAUCUCCGGGGAUCUGGACAAGGCGCUGACGGUUUUGCAGAGGAAGAUGCAAUCGAGCGGAAUGGAGCGGCUGAUAAAAGCGACGCAGACUCACCACAUUAAGAACUCGGAGAAGAAGGUUCUCGCUAGGAAGAAUCUCGAACGAAGGAUCAAAUCCAUUGACUUUGCUCGCAAACUCCAGUCGAUCCUCAUCAAGAAAGUCAGAGGUUUAUGA